AUGGCCAAUGCAUCUCAUACUAAAGGACGUGAAGGCAAGUCCAUCGAGCAGAUCUACCAGAAAAAGACCCAGCUGGAGCAUAUUCUACUGCGACCUGACACCUAUGUGGGUUCGACGGAAGCCCAGGUUCAGGACCUCUGGGUUUUCGAUGGUGUGCAGAGUCGCAUGGUGCAUCGAAAGAUUAGCUUCGUACCUGCUCUUUACAAAAUCUUCGAUGAAAUCCUGGUGAAUGCCGCAGACAACCUCAUGCGGGACCCACAGGGCAUGGACACCAUCAAAGUGGACAUCGAACAACAGCAGGGCCUCAUCAGAGUUUGGAACAACGGCAGGGGUCUCCCCGUUGUCCUGCACAAGGAGCAGAAGGUCUAUGUCCCAGAGCUCGUGUUUGGCCACUUGUUGACCAGUGACAACUACGACGACUCUUCUUCCAAGGUGGUGGGAGGCCGGAACGGCUACGGUGCCAAGCUUGCCAACGUCUUCUCCACGGAGUUCAAAGUGGAGACUUGCGACGGCAAGAACAGGUUCAGCCAGCUGUACAAAAACAACAUGCAGGUCAAGGGCAAGCCGGAGAUUCAAGCGACCAAGGAGAAGUCCUUCACCUGCAUCACCUUCAAGCCGGACCUGGCGAAGUUCGGCAUGGCGCGCCUGGACGAGGACAUCGUCUCCUUGCUGACGAAGCGCGUCUACGAUGUGGCGGGUUCCACAGCAGAGCGUUGCAGCGUGUUUCUGAAUGGCGAGAAGCUCGACGUGAAGAACUUCAGAGACUACUGUGACCUGUAUUUGCUGACGCGCCAGGGCGUGCCCCAGAUCUACGAGAAGUGCUCCGACAGGUGGGAGAUUUGCGUGAGCCUGACGGAGACGGGCUUCCAUCAGGUGAGCUUCGUGAACUCGAUCUGCACGAUCCGCGGGGGGACCCACGUCACGCACGUCAGCGACCAGGUCGUCGAGGCGAUCCUGGAGAAGGUGCGGCUUCAAAGCAAGGAGAAGAUGAAGGGAGGAGUGGACGUUCGGCCCCAUCACGUGAAGAACCACCUCUGGAUCUUCAUCAAGUGCCUGGUGGAGAAUCCGGCCUUCGACUCGCAGACGAAGGAGACAUUGAUGACGAAACAGUCCAAAUUCGGGUCUCGCUGUGAGCUGUCCGAGAAGUUCCUUUCAGAGGUGGCAACGUGUGGCGUGGUAGAUCUCAUCCUCAUGGCGGCGAUGGCAAAAUCAAAGGUCGACCUGGGAAAGAAGCUCAAGGCCAACACCAGCCGUGUCGCUCGCCUCACGGGCGUUCCGAAGCUCGAGGACGCCAACGAUGCAGGCGGCAAGCUGUCGAGCGAGUGCACGCUGAUCCUCACCGAGGGAGACUCGGCAAAGGCUCUAGCUGUGGCCGGGCUCAGCGUCAUCGGCCGAGACAAGUGGGGCGUCUUCCCACUCCGCGGCAAGGUUCUCAACGUGCGUGAUGCCACGCUCAAGCAGAUGAUGGCCAACGAGGAGAUACAGAACUUGAUCAAGAUCAUUGGCCUCGAUCUGAACCGGGAGUACGAUUCCGAGCUGAAGGGGCUCCGGUACGGUUCGAUCAUGAUCAUGGCCGACCAG